AGUAUGUCUAUUCAAAGAAAAAAAAGAAGACGUUUUGAGGUUAUAAUUGGGAAUAAACAGCUUUUAAGUAAAUACAAUGAUACAUUCAAAUUAAGUUAGAAUCUCAUUCCCAUAAAAUUAUUGAAAGGUGGAUUAGCAAAACAUUGUUUAAUACUAUGAAGACCGAAAACAAUAAUUCAGGAGAUCCUAUCUGGACUCAAAAUGUAGAAUUAUUAACACAAGAAGAAUGUUUACCCGUUAUAGGAAGCUCUCAAGUUUCUUCGAUCCUUCAACAUUUAGAUCCAUCAAUGGUUGAAAAUGGUCCACAAAAUAUGGACUUAAUAAUUCUACCGACAAGCGAUUUCAAACUUCCUGUAGUAGAAAAUCCUUUCACUCUAACAAAUAGUUAUAUUGUCCUAAAAGAAAAUGGUGAAACAAAACCAGAUAACUCUAAAAAUACAAAUGAUAAAACAAAUGAUAAUUUGAAGUCAAAGAAAGAUAAUUAUGAAGACAUGCUAUAUUAUGUUUGUAAUUUAUGUCCAUUUCUGUGUAUAAAAGAUACCAAAAUUAAUGAACAUUUAGAAAAUGCUCACAAAAAUAAAACAGUAGUAAGUUUGCAAGAAUUAAAAUGUCCUGCUUGUAGGAAUAUUUUUUAUCACAGAAUGUCUCUGAGGUCUCACCUUAUACAUGACCAUGGAGUAGGAAACUCAGACAUUUCUUCCAUAAUACAGGCAAUUGUGUAUUAUUCUAAUAAAAAUAAAAAGAAAGAAAAACAAAAAUCACCAAUAAGAAAUACAUCAGAUAAGUUAACUCUAAACAGCAAUGUUGAAGAUAAUCCUCCACCAACAGACGUUUCUAAACAAAACCCACCAAAAACAAUUUUUGACAGUGUUAUAAAGGUUUCUGAAGCUUUCACUACAUCUAGUGUAGAUACAACUAAAAGUACACAAUGUCCUUUUACGACAUGUAAAAUAUUAUUUCCAGAUGCUGAAAAAUUAAAUCAACACAUAUCUUGUCAUGCUGAUACAGGUUUCGCAUGUUUCAACUGUGGUGAAAAAUUUAAUGCUUGGAAACCGCUAACCUCUCAUAUGUGGAGACUCCACAAGAUAGACAUGGGCCUGUAUUCUUGUGAUCAAUGUGAUUACAAAACUUACAGUUUAGCCAAACUCAAUAACAUCCAUAAAUUGAUACAUGGAGACGCUAAAAAUUUCUCUUGUGAUGUCUGCAACAAAGCAUUCAAGAAUAAUAAACAACUGAGGAAUCAUAAAUUGACGCAUAAAGAAAAGUCAUUAAAACUUACCCACAUAUGUGACGAAUGCUCUAAAGGAUUUUCUGAUAGGCGCCAACUUAGGAUACACUUGGAUAUAGUGCAUAAGAAGUUGAAACCGUUUUUGUGUAAUUUUUGUGGUUAUAAAGGUUCAUCAAGAAGUUCCUUAAAAAUGCAUAUCAGACAACAUACAGGUAACAAUUGGUUGUCAUGCAUUUUAUGGUUCACCGGAGAGGUUCCUGUGCAGAUAGACUGGAAAGUCUGUGGGAAUGGCUUUUUGUAUCUCUAAAGGCGACUGAUAUCGAAAAUAAAUUAAUUUGAGCAAUGCUGUAUGGUAUACUUGUGAGUGUAGUCUGUUUGCCUGCCCGGAUCGUGUCAAUUGCUUUCUAGCGUUUGUCUCAUAUGGUUGUCUUGUUACUGGCAUUGUAUUACCAGUUCAAUAUCUGAUAAUAACUCUAUCUGUAACUGAACAGCAUUUUGUUCCAGCCGUUCCUGGAGGCGUAUGGAAACUGGAAAACUUGUUGGCAGCAGUGUGUAGAUGUGGAAGGAUGCUACUUUGAAAAAUUCUAAUCGUUUGUACUGUUUUCAUGAAUAAAUAGUUUAAAAAAAAAUGAGUCCUACUACCUGUAGAACAGACACUGUAUGCGGAUGACUAUCAAUAAAAUAAGAGCUACGAAAUAGAAUAGAGAAGUGGGGUAAUGAAAUGAAAUAAUACGGACAGGACUGCAGAUAAAGAUACAAGAGACAGAAAUAAUGAAAAUAUCAAAAAUACUAGAAGAAAUAAUUGUGCAAACACAAGAAUAGGUGAAGAGCGUUGGAAAGGUAAUUGUAGCAGAGUUGUGAGACCAGAUGAAAGAAUUGGCAAAGAGGUAUCCAUUAGGGUGAAUAAGAUACAAUCUACGUAUAUAGCAUUGUACAGAAUAUUUCUUGAACAGAAAAAAAAUAACAAAACAUACAGAAACAGACAGAAAUUAUAAGUCAGUACUACUAGCAAUGCUAAUCUAUGGUAGCGAAUUGUGAGGAUUGAAGCAGAAAAUAACAAAGUGUGAAAUGAGGAUACGAAGAAGGUUUGUACAAAUUGAACAAUUAAGGUGAUUAGUGGGAAAAGGAAAUAAAUAAGAAAAUAUGAGACAGAUAUAGAAAAUAGAAUAAUGAAAUAACAAACAACAUGGAAACUGGAGUCGAGCUAAACAAGAAGGGAAGAAUUGAACCAAACUAAACAUAAAUAUUACCUCUACAUCCAUGGGAGAAGAGGUUGCACAUAAAUUCUUACAGGUUGUCUAUUUUUUACAUCAAAAACGAAUGGUACAAAGUUUAUAGAUAAUUGAACAUAGCGUUUGAAAGAAUCUAUAUGUUAAUGAAUUUCUCUAAAUACUGUACAUCAACAAAAAUUGACUUUUUUACAUCAAAUAAACAUGUAUGAUACAUUUUAAAUUAAGAAGGAUUCCUACUGCCCCAAAUAUAGUAUAAA